AUGGCUAUUAGAACAGCUCCGCAUAAUGGGAACGCUUCCAAGGAGAUGUAUCAAAAACCAAAUUCGUCCUCUUCGUCGAUCGUUGGGUCAUUUAUCAAAUCAUGGAAGUCGCCGUCGUCUUCAAAGUCGUAUCAUACAUCUAGUAGUUGUUUAGAGCAAGGGCAGGAAACAGAUGGCAAUGUUUCAGCGAUUCAAAAGUCGCAGUCGGUGCAAAGAUCGUUGUCGAGUCAUAGUGUUAACCACCACCACCAUAUUCAUUUGAGUCCUUUGCGGAGUAAUACUACGGGAGGGUCUAACCAUACGAAUAGCAAGAAGGAGAAAUAUUUUGCUGAUUUGGACGAGGAUUGGAGUGCUGUAAUUGACGAUUAUAACACUCCAAUCCCGAUGAUGGCGAACGGGGGCAUAGAGACAAUGAUCCGACCUUUGUUUUCUAAAAAACGGUCGCCUGAUAAGGGGGUGAGUUUGAGUUCAACGAACAUGCAUGGGAAUAAUUGUGUGAGACCUCCUCAGAUGUCCCGUUCAAACAGCAACCCAGUGAGUACAGAAUUGAAGUCGCAGUUGGAGCAGGAACGUGCGCGCGAUGUCCAGGAGUUGAAUGCUGUUAUGUAUCGGCUUGCCAAGUUUGAUGCUAUUUUGCAGCCGUCAAGAAAUUAUCCUCAGGUCAUAAAGUUGAAUGAUCUACGGAAAUUGAGUUGGAAUGGUGUGCCUAUGGACCAUAGACCGCGGGUGUGGAAGCUGUUGAUCGGUUACCUACCCGCAAAUCUAAAGAGACAACAAAGCACUUUACAUAGGAAGCGUCAAGAAUAUCGUGAUGGCAUUCAACGCGUAUAUUCAGAUUUACAUUUACGAGAUGAACCGACUUGGCAUCAAAUUGAGAUAGAUAUCCCAAGGACUAACCCACAUAUUCCAUUGUAUCAGUUUAAAAUAGUCCAAGAAAGUCUACAAAAGGUACUUUAUCUAUGGGCUAUAAGACAUCCAGCUAGCGGCUACGUCCAAGGUAUUAAUGACCUAGUCACACCAUUCUAUCAAGUUUUCUUGUCCGAAUAUCUAUCUCCCUCGCAGAAGGACAAAGUUGACACACUUGACCCUGCAACGUACUUAACCCCCCAGCAAAUUCAAGACGUUGAGGCCGAUUCUUUCUGGUGUUUGACGAAAUUAGUAGAACAAAUCACAGAUUAUUACAUACAUGGGCAGCCAGGUAUCCUAAACCAAGUCAAGCAUUUGGGUCAAUUAGUCAAGCGAAUCGAUGGUGACUUGUACAAACAUUUUCAAUCAGAAGGUGUUGAAUUCAUACAGUUCGCUGUAAGAUGGAUGAAUUGUCUACUCAUGAGGGAAUUCCAAAUGAAUAUGGUUAUCAGGAUGUGGGACACAUAUCUAUCAGAGACAUCACUGGAAACAUCAUCGGACACUGGACCCAUUCAAACCACCCCCGCAAUAACUUCACCCCCCUCCACUAUGUCAUCCUUAGUAACGUCUUCAUCUUCUACUGUUGGCAACUCUCCAAACGAGCGGCCAAGGCAACCAUCAUUGAGUGAGUUUCACGUCUUCGUUUGUGCUGCCUUCUUGGUAAAAUGGAGUGAUCGACUUAUAACUAUGGAUUUUCAAGCCAUCAUCACCUUCCUACAAAACCCACCUACUAAGCAGUGGAAGGAAUCUGAAGUUGAAAUGUUAUUGAGCGAAGCUUACAUUUGGCAGUCCUUAUAUAAAGACGCCAUAUCUCACUGGCGUUGA